GUAAAAGGUAAACGUCACUGUCAUUUAGUGUCAGUUUAAUUUUAAGAUAAACUUUUUCAAUUUUGAGUUAUUUUAUAGUAAUGUAACGUAUUUGUAACUUUUUAAAAAUGAGCAAAAAUCUACAGACAGCUACAAAAUUAACCGAAUUCGGACCACUACAAUCAGAAGAUUCCAAACCCGCUAGUGUUGGGCAAUUUUUAGCAAAUUUCUUUUGGCGAAAAAAUGGUAAUCCUGAAGAAAAUCCAACAGGAGAAAAAACAGACAGUAUUAGCGAAUCAUUGCCUACUUGGGCAGCGGAUACAGUUUCGGAUACUCCAUACAAUAUUGCAGAAUCGUCCAAUGUUUAUGAUGUGGACGUUAAUGAGGGUAGAAGUUUACCCAAUGUUUUAAAGAGAAUAAGUAAUCUUUUAGCCCUUAAAAGUAGUAGUCUACAAGACUAUGGAGAUACUGAAUUAAAGCAGUACUGGAUGCCGGAUUCAGUUAGUAAAGAAUGUUAUGAAUGCUCUGAAAAAUUUACUACUUUUAGAAGAAGACAUCAUUGCAGGGUUUGUGGACAGAUAUUUUGCUCGCAAUGUUGCAACCAACAAAUACCUGGUAAAAUAUUUGGAUGUACAGGAGAAUUAAGAGUGUGCACAUAUUGUUGCAAGGUAGUACUGUCAUAUUUACAAUCCUCAGAUUUCAGUGCAGUUUUAACAAAUGAUUUAAGAAUGCUCCAGGAAAGUUUACAGUCUAAAUUUGGUGCCGUUUCCCCAAGAUCUUUUGAAGAACGAACUCUGCAGGCAUCUAUAAUAAGUAAUGAUGAUAAUAAUGCAAAAAGGAAGAUUUCAGUUGGUUACCAAGAAGAAAAAUUCUUUUCAGAAAAUACAAAUACAUCGUAUUUGUCAACAGAGGAGAAAUGUAGGGCACUUCAGAACUCGGCGUCCCUUAGAAAUCUGUAUGAAGAAAUGUUAAAGCCUACAAGUGGAUUACAAUUCGAGACGCAUAGAUAUCGUUUAAAGACAUACACCGAUUGUUUCUUGGGCUCUGAGUUAGUUGAUUGGUUGAUAUUUCAACAGAAAUCGAAAAAUAGGGUCCAAGCUUCCGCAAUAUGUCAAGCUCUACUAGAAGGUGGCUAUAUAGAAAGUUUGUCCGAUCCAGCAAUGUUCAUUGAUGGUUAUGCUUUCUAUCACAAAAAACUUACUUCAUAUCCCGAAUUGCCUCUAUCUGGGUCCAAUUUCGAUGUUCCUUACCAUGAGGAGCCCCAUUGGGUUCAACAGAUACCACAUGAAUCUAGCACGACGGAUUCAGAAAAUGAACAGGUAUCUCCCGUAAAUAUAACAUCUUCAUCUUCUUAUAUGUUAGAUCUCAAUUUAGAAGCAAACACUGUUUAUUUAUCCAGACCGCUUGAUGAAUAUAAACAUCAAAAUUCGAGCACUGUUUCCGAGCAACAAGAGAAACAAGAAACUGAGAUUGUCAGACCGCCUGAACAGGUUGAAGCGGCACCCGAAUCUGGUUGGUUCAAUGCUUUAAAAUUAAGAGAAGAAAACGGAGAAAAACUUGCUUAUACGAUUUUAAGUCAAACUUUCGAGCAACACGAAAUUAGUUUGUUAAAGCAACUUUUAAUGUCGCAAGGAUUGGGGUAUUCCUGGUCAGAAGUCAUCAUCCCUUUGUUACAAGAUCUUAUCGCUAAUAUAAGACCCGAUAAAAAUCACGACGCUAUCGAUUUGGACAUUCGACAUUACGUCCAAUUUAAAAUUUUAUCGGGCGGUAUGAAGAGCGAUACGUCGCUCAUUGGCGGCGUUGUUUGCAGUAAAAACGUAGCUCACAAAGAUAUGUUGACCGAAAUAGACAAUCCCAAAAUCCUGUUGCUUCAGUGCUCUGUGGUGUAUCAAAGAACCGAAGGCAGAUUAAUGUCGCUGGAACCGGUUUUAAUGCAGGAAUAUGAAUAUUUAAGGAACGUCGCGGCGAGAAUCGUGGCGCUUCGACCGAACGUCGUGUUGGUGCAAAAAAACAUUUCUAGGCUGGCUCAAGAUAUGUUAAGGCAACACAACGUCACUUUGGUGCACAAUGUUAAACAGAGUGUGCUUGAACGAUUGUCGAGAUGCACGCAAGCGGACAUUGUGUCUGCCGUCGACGCCCACAUUGGCCGGCCAAAAUUGGGCACCUGCAAAAGGUUUUAUUUGAAAAGUUUUAAGAUAGAUAAAGAUCAAACGAAAACGUUAAUGUUUUUCGAAGGCCUGCCCUGUCCUCAUCUAGGAGCCACGAUACUAUUAAGAGGAGCGUCUGAAACUGAAUUGUCUAAACUAAAAAAUGUGUCUAUAUUGAUGUUAUUUACGUUCUACAGUUGGAGGCUGGAAAAAUCAUUUCUGAUGGACGAAUUCGCUAUGCCACCCAAUGCGAAAGAAUUCUUAGAAGACAGCAGGGAAAAUUCGCCCGUUGAUUCUGAUUCCAAAACAAUUAUUUCGGAAGGCGUUAAGAAGACCGAGAGACCUGCCAUGAAACGGUUCAGCAGAGAAGAACAGCUGAGCGAAAAGAAAACUCUAGUCGAAGAUUUUACCGAUCCUCUGCAUUCAUCUAGCGUUGAUUUUGAACCGAAAAUCUCAAAUCAAACGCUGGCGGUCGCGCAAUUGCCGUUUUCCAACAGUUUCAAGAAGCAUUUGGAUGAUACGAUUUUGUGCAUAUCGCCGUAUAUCGUCAUUCCGCCACCGUAUUUAGAAACGGAACUCGGGAAGAAGUGCAAGUUGAGACAGUUCUUCCCAGAUGAUCUUUACUUUAGCAUGCAAUUCGGAAACCAGGCCAAAAGUAAGUGGAGGAAUUUGGAGGAAUCGAAAGUUGACCAGGGAAUUUCGACUCAAAAUACUAAGCAUCUUCACCCGUUUCUAAUUACGAAACUAACGAAAAACGCGGAAGAUCCGAACGUUCAGAAUCUGGUCGCCAAUUUUCGUGCCUGUGGCGGUAGAUACGAAAAAAAGGAGAAUAUUUGUGUGGAAAAAAAAUCCGAAAAACUUUCCGAAAAGACUGAAACUAACGCCAAAGAUGUGCUCGAUCCCGUCAAUCAUCAGAGAUUGGCGGUGCUGUUUUGCAGCUACAGCACCGAAUCGAAUAACGCGCCGGCUUUUUGCGUUAAUCCAUGGAUCGUAUACAUGGACUUCUACGGUCGCAACGACAUUCCGCUAGGAUGUUUCCUAGAACGCUACUGUUUUCGACCGACUUACGAAUGCCCCUCGAAAUCCUGCGAUACGCCAAUGGUUAGCCACGUAAGACGAUUUGUUCACAACAACGGUUGCGUAACAAUUUGCCUUAACCAUUUCGAUAAUGAAUUUUCCGAAGAGCAGAUCGUCAUGUGGACGUGGUGCACGAAAUGCCAAAAAGUGUCGCCUAUCGUACCGAUGUCCGCUGACACUUGGUCGUAUCCGUUCGCUAAGUAUUUGGAGUUGAAGUUCUAUGCUGAUUUUUAUAGCAGACGGGGGCAGUCGUCUUGCGAACAUAGUCUGCAUCACGAUCAUUAUCAGUAUUUCGGUUACAAGAAUUACGUAGCUACGUUCAAAUAUAGUCAAAUAACAAUUUGGGAAAUAUCCCUACCACCACCAUUAAUAGAGAUAAAAUACGACAAUUCCAAACUUCAACAUCAACUUAUCGACGAAAUAAAAAAUAUGGCGCAAAAAGGACACGAUAUAUUUUCUGCGAUACAAGACAAAAUGAAACCGGAAGAAACCGAAAAUACCGCAAGUUUAAAACAAAUCAUAUCGAAGGAACAAACUCAGUUUAAGCAGAGAGUCGAAGAAGUGCAACUGAAACUCACUUCUCCUACCAUAGAACAUAAAUCGUUUGAUGAAAAAGAACUGCAUUUAGCCUAUUGGAAGAUAUCCGAUUCCCUGAUUAGGUUAAAAAAGAACCUAGUCGACAUCGUGGACGGAUGGAACGUUCGUCUAAACGAACUUAUCAAUAGGAAAAAAGAUGGCGAUAAAAAGAAGGAAAAACCGGUCGAUAAUAAUUCCGAGGAAAGCGCCGAACAUCAAGAUACCAGCAUCGUGUUCGAAGAAAACCAUGCAAAUAGUUUCAAUUCGAAAAAAAUCGGAAGCAUCGAUAACAGUGAUAACGAAUCUUGCACAUCUUCAUCUCCCAAGAGCUAUCACAGGUCGCAGUCUGAUAACGUUAUUUCACAAGUGGAAGAUUCAACGGAUAGUAAAAAAGAAUCCGAUAAAAAGACUGUGAAGAAUAUUUUAUCCAAUCUUCUACAAUCAUCCAAUAAUUCGUGUUUCAUACCGGCGCCGUUUUCCACCAACGAACACUACCUAUCCGAUUCGUCGAUUCCAUUGGUGGUGCUAGAGAACGAACCCAGCUCCAUUGUGGCUUACACUCUUUGUUCCAACGAAUACAAGAAGCUUUUGGACGAAUUGACCACCAAAAAAAACCAAACCGACCUAUCCGGUAGCCCCUUGCUCAAAAGAAGGAGUAAUAGCGAAAAAGAAAAAACCGAGGAUGAGAAGAAGAAUAUUUUAGGUUUUUUAAAAACUAAAGAUGCCAACGUGGGAUCUCCGUCUGCUUUGACAGUUUCGUCUGAAACAAACAUUGAGCAAUCCUCAAAUUCUACGGAUCUACAAGACGAUGCGAAAAAGGUGAGGAAAGCGCACGUCGAGGUACAAUUUCAAGAUGGGAACAGCAACUUUUUCUGUCGAGUGUACUUGGCGGAAAAAUUUGCAGCUCUUCGAGCAGCCGUAUUACCGAUGGCCGAGGAAGGAUACAUUAGAUCGCUGUCUAGAUCCGUACAAUGGAAUGCCAGAGGAGGAAAAUCUGGUUCGAACUUUUCAAAAACAGUUGAUGACAGAUUUAUUCUGAAGGAAAUGUCAAAAUCUGAAGUUCACCUGUUUCUGGAAUCGUCGUCCAAUUACUUCGCCUACAUGAGCAAAUGUCAAACGACCAAGCAGCUGACGCUCUUAGGAAAAAUCUUGGGCAUAUACCAAAUAGUAUUUAAGAAUAAUUCCAAUGUUCCGUACAGAUCCAACAUACUAGUUAUGGAAAAUCUGUUUUAUAACAGAAAAGUGUCGCAAAAAUUCGACUUAAAAGGAUCUAUGAGGAAUAGGCUGGUUAUUCCUGAUAAUCAGAGCGAAGAGAUUGUUUUGCUUGAUGAAAAUUUGAUGAAAAUGACUUGUGAAUCCCCGUUGUAUGUGCUGCCUCAUUCCAAAACUGUUUUGAUAAAUGCGAUACAAAAUGAUACAGAGUUCCUAUCGACGCAAUCUGUUAUGGAUUAUUCGUUACUUGUUGGAUUAGAUCCAGAUAAUAAAGAGAUAGUAUUGGGAAUAAUAGAUUACAUAAGAACGUUUACUUGGGAUAAGAGGUUAGAAACCAUGGUGAAGAAAAGCGGCAUUUUGGGUGGACAGGGAAAACUACCUACCAUAAUUUCACCUGAAGAAUAUCAGAAACGGUUUAUAGAAGCCAUGCAUAAAUAUUUUUUGGAAGUACCUGACCAUUGGGCUGGUUUGGGAAAAACCCUCGAAUAAUAAUGACCAUUUAUUGCGUCUGUUACACGAAUUAAUAUCGAAAUGCCUCAAGCGUAAAGGGUCAAUGUACAGUAUAUCCGGAAAUACCAUUAGAAUAAUUUCAUAAGAUAAUUUGAAAAGUUUUGGUUCCGGAAAUUCAUAGUUUUCAAGAUAGUGUGUCAAACUUUUUUAAAAAUCGCUUUUUUAUAAAUAUCCUUUGACCAGAUUUUGUUAAAAUUUGGUAGUAUUGUUUGUAGUUAAAAGAAUUUAGCCUUAAUUGGAUUAAAAUAAUUAUAAAGUCUAGUGGCGUGACGAGAGGCACCUUACUGAAUAUUAUUGGCAAAAAAAUGUGCGACACUGAAUCGAAAUCGUUUUCGCAAAAAAAACUGAUUUAUUACUUAUAUUUGGGCAAUAAAUUAUAUCAAAAAGAAAGGUGUACCUGUAGCUUGAAAACUAUGCGUAUCCGGAUCCAGGUUCAUAUGAAAACAUUUUCACAAUUGAACAGAAUUUCCGGACACCCUGUAUGUACAUGUAGCAUUUGAAUACCUACUGGAGUAUUAUAUGAAUAUUAUUUUUACAUUUGAUAUCUGAAUUACUAUAAGCUCUAGGUUCAUUUCAUGAAAUAAGAAUUCCCUGUCUUUGAAGACGUCUUUCUUAACCUGUCUCCCCAUAACUCCCUAACUCAUAUUUCAACGGCCUGUAAUUUAGAAUGUAUUUUUCAUCAUUUACACGAAAAUUUUAUAGUAAUAAUACAAAAUUAUUUAUAGUCUCUCUAUAGACUAUUAUUUAUAAUUUGAACAUAAAACAAUAAAAACUAGAACAUGAGUAAUUGACAUAAUUUCUUUAUUUUUAAAUGAUCCUGUAUGUUAUACCAACAUUUUGAUUAUGGCUUUUAAUAAAUAAUUUCAGAAUAAGCACAACUUUUGAGAAUUAUUUUUAAAUAUGAGUUUAGGGUUAUAUUUAGAUCCACGGGGACACAGUUGAGGCGACUAAAGAAAUAUAAAUAAAAUCUCCCUAUAUAAUUAUUGAAAAACGUACUAAGAAUCCGUACUGAUGUUUU